AUGCAUUUCUUCUUCCAAGAAGCUGCUCAUAAUGGUAAACCGGUUGAAUUUUUAUCAGGAAUGUUUGUACUAUAUGACUCAACUGAACGUGUUUUUACUCAAUUAAUGAUAGCGAAGAAUAAUCAAUUACAUAGUGAUGAACAUCGUUCUGGUUAUUUUCGACGUCCUGCGUAUUUUUUCAUCGAUUUACUUAAAUUCUUAUUUAAUUUUUUAUUCCAACGACAAACUUCGUUUCACAGACCCUUCAUCUAUCUACGUGGCGAUGAGUCAUCACAUUUUCAUGAACGUGGCAACAAGUAUGAUCGAUGGCAUCUCUAUCCAGCCUAUGGAAUCGACAUGGCUCAUGGAUGUAUGCCGAAUGGUUUUUCUCAUAUUUUAUUUGGCAAAUUAAGAAGUUUAGCGAAUAAUACAAGUCGCCAAUACUCUGGUGAUCGAAUCUAUAUCAAACCAGAAGCAUCUGGACUGCAACAAUUUCCACAGUACCUUGCACAUGCCAAUCAUUAUAUUCGGGCUGUUUCAUAUUCUUUCCUUUGCCGAUUUAUUGAUAAUUUCACUCCGAAAUUUUGUACACCAACAGGUGCUUUCCAUGAAUGGGUCGAUCGUCGAUUGGUGAAAAGAUGGACUCAAAUAUUAGCAAAAAUCGAAAGUCUAGCACAAAACGAACGGAGACAAAUGCACGAUCAAGUUUUUUCAGAAGGAAUUCUACAAAUCUAUCGUCAAUCAUUAUUAUUUCCAUCAUUGCCAUACGUGAAAGACUUUCGAAUAGAACUCGAACAUCGCUAUGGAUCAGAUAUUAGUGCACGAAAGGGAAACGAGAUUAUUUUUACUACUAAACAGUUGCUAAACAGUUCUCCUACAUGCACGGACUUCUCCAUGAAUGAUAAGCAACAAUGUGUUGAACCUGAUGCAAUUCAAUAA